AUGGACAAAAUAGUCCCACAGACAGAUGAAAUCUUUAAUGAUUUCAAAAUUAUUGACGAACCAUUCGUAACACGAGACAAUCACCCAAUUUUGGCGCACAUACUGCUUCCCAAAGAGGCUCCUCCGAAGCCUAGUCCAGUAAUAAUAAAUUGGCAUGGCGGGUAUCUAGUCGCAGGGCAUGGCUUGUUCGCCCUCUUUUUCCCACCCCUGCUCCUCCAGCUUGCAAAGAAACAUUCAGCCAUCAUCGUGUCCCCGGACCACACUCUACUCCCUCACAAGGAUGGCCUUGUAGCUGUUCAAGAAGACGCCGAGGCUUUCCAUGAGUGGCUGCACUCCUCAUUCCCCAAGGUACUGGCCGAGAGGACGCCAGGCUUCCAGGUCGAUUUGUCGCGGAUUCUGCUCCAUGGAGGCUCCUCGGGUGCUUACCUCGCCCUGUCUUCUGCUCUGGCGCACCCAGACUCUUACCGGUCCCUCAGUCUUAUGUAUCCGAUGAUCGAUUUCGACACCGACUGGUGGCGCCGAGGCAGCCGAGCUGUCGGUGCGCCAAACCCAGGCUGCUUGCCGGAUGCCGCGUUCCCUGCAAAUGACAAUACUGUCAAGGACCAGCUUGAGAAAUUUAUGAAGGAACCGAUCGUGACGAUGCCUGGAGCGGAGCGUGAUGGCUUCGGGGCAUGGGUUGCGCGUGCCGGCUUGUUCCCGGAGCUGUUCAAUCCCGGAGGCAAGCUGGAUGAUGAUGCGGCUGUGUGGUUGAACCGUCGUGUUAAGCAAGGCGCCAAGCUUCCAGAGCGCAUUUGGGUGCUGCACGCCGAUGAAGAUACUGUCGUGCCUAUUGAAACUUCGCUCACUUUUCAGGAGACAAUGAAACAGCAACAGCGGCCGGUGCGGCUAGAUAUUGUCAAGGGCCUGGAUCAUUGCUGCGAUAUGGCCAUUACAGAGGACUGGAAGGGCUCGCAGGAUCCUGUUAUACUUGAGGCUGCAGACUGGUUGGUCGAGAAAUGGCUGGAAUAA